AACCGCGGCUGUGAGGGGCGGGACUCCCCCAUGUCCCUCCCACCGCUCCUUCCCUAUUCCUCCCCCUAACUCCUUACGCCCCUCCUCUUCCCUCUCUCCCCUUCUCCCGAAGACCGCCUCUCACGUUCGGUUUCAAAAGACUCGUUGCCCAAUGAAUAACAGAGUGGAACCAGAGUGGCGGCCCCUCUUGCCAAUGCGCGGGCAGCGAGGGCGGAGCUCCUGGAGCGAGCCUCUGACGGCGGACGGCGUGUGACGCAGUCGGGCCCUCUGCGCGCUGCGCCCGAAGCGGCGGUCGGUAGCUGUGGUGGAGGCGGCGGUGACGGUUUCGUGGCGGCCGCGCGCUGCUCUGUGAGCGGCGGGUGGAGGACGGGCCUGCGCCCUCACUCCUGACACUUCUUCCCCACCGCGCCGCGCUUUCUGAAACAAAGACUCAUUUUGAAGAUGUUUAAUAAAUCAUUUGGAACACCCUUUGGGGGUGGCACAGGUGGCUUUGGCACAACUUCAACAUUUGGGCAGAAUACUGGCUUUGGCACUACUAGUGGAGGGGCAUUUGGAACAUCUGCAUUUGGUUCUAGCAACAAUACUGGAGGCCUGUUUGGAAAUUCACAGACUAAACCAGGAGGAUUAUUUGGAACCAAUUCAUUUAACCAACCAGCUACCUCCACAAGCACUGGCUUUGGGUUUGGUACAUCAACAGGAACAUCAAAUAGCUUGUUUGGAACUGCAAGCACUGGGACCAGUCUUUUCUCAUCCCAAAACAAUGCCUUUGCACAGAAUAAACCCACUGGCUUUGGGAAUUUUGGAACGAGUACUAGCAGUGGAGGACUCUUUGGAACUACAAAUACCACGUCUAAUCCUUUUGGCAGCACAUCUGGCUCCCUCUUUGGGCCAAGCAGUUUUACAGCUGCUCCUACUGGGACUACUAUUAAAUUUAAUCCUCCAACUGGUACAGAUACUAUGGUCAAAGCUGGAGUUAGCACUAACAUCAGUACCAAGCACCAAUGUAUUACUGCUAUGAAAGAAUAUGAAAGCAAGUCACUAGAGGAACUUCGUUUAGAGGAUUAUCAGGCUAACAGAAAAGGCCCGCAGAACCAGGUGGGAGCAGGUACCACGACUGGCUUGUUUGGAUCUUCUCCAGCCACCUGCAGUGCGACAGGACUCUUUAGCUCCUCUACCACUAAUUCAGGCUUUGCAUAUGGUCAGAACAAAACUGCCUUUGGAACUAGUACAACUGGUUUUGGAACAAAUCCAGGUGGUCUCUUUGGCCAACAGAAUCAACAGACUACCAGCCUCUUCAGCAAACCCUUUGGCCAGGCCACAACCACCCAAAACACUGGCUUUUCCUUUGGUAAUACCAGCACCUUGGGUCAGCCAAGCACCAACACCAUGGGAUUAUUUGGAGUAACCCAGGCCUCACAGCCUGGAGGUCUUUUUGGGACAGCUACAAACACCAGCACUGGGACAGCAUUUGGAACAGGAACGAGUCUCUUUGGGCAGACCAAUACUGGAUUUGGUGCUGUUGGUUCGACCCUGUUUGGCAAUAACAAGCUCACUACAUUUGGAAGCAGCACAACCAGUGCACCUUCAUUUGGUACAACCAGUGGCGGGCUCUUUGGUUUUGGCACAAAUACCAGUGGGAAUAGUAUUUUUGGAAGCAAACCAGCACCUGGGACUCUGGGAACUGGGCUUGGCGCAGGAUUUGGAGCAGCUCUUGGUGCUGGACAGGCAUCUUUAUUUGGGAACAACCAACCUAAGAUUGGAGGGCCUCUUGGUACAGGAGCCUUUGGGGCCCCUGGAUUUAAUACUACGACAGCCACUUUGGGCUUUGGAGCCCCCCAGGCCCCAGUAGCUUUGACAGAUCCAAAUGCUUCUGCUGCCCAGCAGGCUGUUCUUCAACAGCACAUCAAUAGUUUAACAUACUCACCUUUUGGAGACUCUCCUCUCUUCCGGAAUCCCAUGUCAGACCCCAAGAAGAAAGAAGAGAGAUUGAAACCAACAAAUCCAGCAGCCCAGAAGGCUCUUACUACCCCUACUCAUUAUAAACUGACACCCCGCCCUGCCACCAGAGUCCGGCCAAAGGCUUUACAAACAACAGGCACAGCUAAGUCACAUCUCUUUGAUGGACUGGAUGAUGAUGAACCAUCCCUAGCAAAUGGAGCAUUCAUGCCCAAAAAGAGCAUUAAGAAGUUGGUUUUGAAGAACCUUAAUAAUAGCAAUCUCUUUUCUCCUGUUAAUCGUGAUUCAGAAGAUCUAGCUUCACCAUCCGAAUAUCCAGAAAAUGGAGAGAGAUUUAGUUUCCUGAGCAAACCUGUUGAUGAGAAUCAUCAGCAGGAUGGAGAUGACGACUCUCUUGUGUCACGUUUUUAUACUAACCCUAUUGCCAAACCUAUUCCUCAAACCCCAGAAAGUGCUGGAAAUAAACACAACAAUAGCAACAGUGUGGAUGAUACCAUUGUUGCAUUAAACAUGCGUGUUGGUUUGCGAAAUGGACUGGAAGGAAGCAGUGAAGAAACCUCUUUUCAUGAUGAGUCACUGCAAGAUGACCGAGAAGAAAUAGAAAAUAAUUCUUACCAUAUGCAUCCAGCAGGCAUUGUUCUGACUAAAGUUGGUUACUAUACUAUCCCCUCUAUGGAUGACCUUGCGAAAAUUACCAAUGAUAAAGGAGAGUGCAUUGUCUCUGACUUCACUAUUGGUCGUAAAGGUUAUGGUUCAAUCUAUUUUGAAGGAGAGGUGAAUUUGACUAAUCUAAAUUUGGAUGAUAUUGUGCAUAUCCGAAGGAAAGAAGUGAUUGUCUACUUAGAUGAUAACCAGAAACCACCUGUGGGUGAAGGCCUAAAUAGGAAGGCUGAAGUUACAUUGGAUGGAGUUUGGCCAACAGAUAAAACAUCUCGUUGUUUAAUAAAGAGCCCAGAUCGACUUGCUGAUAUCAACUAUGAAGGGAGAUUGGAAGCAGUUUCAAGGAAACAGGGAGCUCAGUUCAAAGAGUACCGACCUGAAACGGGUUCUUGGGUAUUUAAGGUCUCCCAUUUUUCUAAGUAUGGCCUUCAGGAUUCUGAUGAAGAGGAAGAGGAGCAUCCAUCUAAAACGAGUACAAAGAAGUUGAAGACUACUCCUUUGCCUCCUGCAGGCCAGGCUACUCCUGUCCAGAUGGCUCUUAAUGGCAAACCUGCACCUCCACCCCAGAGCCAGAGCCCAGAGGUGGAGCAAUUGGGGAGGGUUGUGGAUCUGGACAGUGACAUGGUAGAUAUCACACAGGAGCCAGUGUUGGAUUCCAUGUUAGAAGAGAGCAUGCCUGAGGAUCAGGAACCUGUGUCUGCCUCAACACAUAUUGCAUCUUCACUGGGAAUUAAUCCACAUGUCUUACAGAUCAUGAAGGCUUCGUUGCUUACUGAAGAAGAGGAUGUAGAUAUGAUGCUGGAUCAACGCUUCAGUCGUCUUCCUUCCAAAGCAGAUACUUCUCAAGAAAUUUGUUCUCCCAGACUUCCCAUUGCAGCAUUGCACCCAUCAAAAUCUCGUUCAUUAGUUGGUGGGUUACUACAAUCAAAAUUUACAAGUGGAGCUUUUCUUUCACCAAGUGCCUCUGUGCAAGAAUGUCAUACUCCUAGAGCAUCAUCUUUAAUGCAUAUCCCAUCUACAUCCUCUUGGUCUGUCCCUCCAGCCUUGACUGCUGUGUUUACAGUGCCCAGCCCUGCCCCUGAGGUUCAGUUGAAAAUAGUGGGUACACGUAGGCAUCCAGGCUUAGUCCCUCUUGAAAAGUCUGUCACCUAUGGUAAGGGGAAGCUCUUGAUGGAUAUGGCCCUGUUUAUGGGACGUUCAUUUCGUGUUGGUUGGGGCCCCAACUGGACUCUUGCUAAUAGUGGAGAACAGCUGCAUGGCUCUCAUGAACUGGAAAAUCAUCAGAAUACUGAUUCUGUGGAAUAUGGAUUCCUGCCCAAUCCAGUAGCUGUUAAAUCCCUAACUGAGUCCCCAUUCAAAGUUCAUUUAGAAAAACUCAGUUUAAGACAAAGGAAGCUGGAUGAAGACCUACAGUUAUAUCAGAUACCUCUGGAGCUCAAAUUAAAACAUAGCACCGUCCAUGUGGAUGAGCUGUGUCCUCUCAUUGUCCCCAAUCCAGGAGAUGCUGUCAUUCAUGAUUAUGCAAAUUGGGUUAAGGAAGUCUCAGAAGAAUUACUGGAAGCACAAAUUGUGAAGCACUGGAGCCUGACAUGGACAUUAUGUGAAGCCCUGUGGGGCCACCUGAAGGAGCUUGACAGCCAGUUGGACGAGCCCAGCGACUACAUCCAGACUCUGGAGCGACGAAGAGCCUUCUCCCGCUGGCUGUCCCAGACUGCUGCACCUCAGAUUGAAGAGGAAGUUUCCUUAAGCCAGAAAGACAGACCUGUGGAGGCUGUCUUCAGCUACCUCACGGGCAAGAGGAUUAGUGAGGCCUGCUCUCUGGCCCAGCAGUCAGGUGAUCAUCGUCUUGCCCUUCUUUUAUCUCAGCUUGUGGGUAGCCAGUCUGUCCGGGAGCUCCUCACUAUGCAGCUAGUAGAUUGGCAUCAGCUCCAGGCUGACUUCUUCAUCCAGGAAGAGAGACUGCGCAUCUUUGCCCUGUUGGCUGGAAAACCGGUGUGGCAGCUCUCUUCGUAUAAGGAAAUCAAUGUGUGCUCCCAGCUGGAUUGGAAACGCUCCUUGGCUAUUCAUCUGUGGUAUAUGCUUCCACCAACAGCCUCCAUUUGUAGGGCACUCAGCAUGUAUGAAGAUGCAUUUCAGUGUUCCUCUCAGCGUGAUGUAUAUGCCUGUCCCCCACUUCCUCCAUACUUGGAGGGCUUUGGCUAUGAGGUAGAAGAGAAGCAAGACUCAAAGAGACCACUUCGAGAUGUCUGCUAUCACCUUUUAAAACUCUACAGUGACAGACAUUAUGAUCUCAACCAGCUGCUGGAGCCUCGAAGCAUAACAGCAGAUCCCUUGGAUUACCGCCUGAGCUGGCACUUAUGGGAAGUGCUGAGGGCUCUUAACUACACCCAUCUCUCAGAGCAGUGUGAAGGUGUGCUACAGGCCAGUUAUGCUGGCCAACUGGAAAGCGAAGGGCUCUGGGAGUGGGCCAUCUUUGUCCUCCUGCAUAUUAACAACUCAAGGUGAGUGAGAAGCUGUUGAA